AUGCAAAAUUCAUCAAAUACUCAAAUACUUCAGUUCAAUAAAGCAUAGAAAAACUAGUCAAGUGACUCUAGCAUUCUAUAGGAUGAUGAUACCUCACUAUAAUCGCUUCCUUUAAUUACAGCUCAGUUUCCUAUCUUGGAGCUGAUGCCAGCACUACAAAAAGGAAAUUUAUUUGAGGGUCAAAAUGAGAUUUCUCACGAUUUUAUAAAGAUUAGCUAAGAAAUUUCACCUGAUAAAAGGUAUAGAAACAAGAACAUAUCUGUUAGAAGCUCCCCAGCAAAGUUAAAUAAAAACUAGAGUAUCAAUGGAUCUCCAUCUAUCAAUAGCAUCAAUGAUCUUUCACCUAAAAAAAUUUCACCUUGGAUUGAAAUUAGACUUCGAAAAGGUCAUAGAGAUGGUAAUGUCACCUACUACAGAAAGAAAACUUGUGAGAAUAAUGUAAUAAGGUUUAAUGGUCAAACUGAUAAAACUCUUAUCAAACUUAAGCCAACUCAGUUUAAAAACAAUGAAAAUAUAGACCAAAAUAAAAUUGGAUCAGACAAUAAUGUACCAAAAAUAAAUAAUACAGACGAUUAGAACUAGACCAUUUUAGAGCAAUAAAAUUACUCCUGUAUGUUAAGAGCAAUGAAAGCUCAAUUAUUAAAAGAAUAUAGGAAUCGAAAAGCUUUGCAUUCACAUUAAGUUUAAGUAUAAAAAUCUACCAACCAGACUUCUACUGCAACUCCAAGCUCAGUGAAUCCGUUCUUUAAUAUGAUAAGAAGUAAUCGAAAAUAGUCCGCGGACAAGAAUACUAUUGAUGUUUUCAAGUCUAAAGAAUCUGGUAAGAUAAUAAAUUUGAAACCCUCUGCUUUGGAAGUACAGAGCAAUUCUACAACAACUAAUCACAAGAGAUGCAAUGCUGUCAAUACAUAAAAGGCAGCCCUCUAGAUUAAAAACAUGCAAUUCUCAAACAUCUUUCACAAAAGAGCUAAAGACAGCCAACUCUUUAACGAUUAGGGCCACAAUCCUUAUCCUCACCCAAAAUCUUAAAAUAGUAAUAGAUAAUAGAUGUCUACGAUUCUUACAACUUAACCUUAAAUCACUUCAAGACCUAUUACAGCUUGUGGAGACCUCAAAAAGGAAAAAGAGAGAUGCUUUCGUAAGGAUCAAUAGAAAGAAAGCAGCAAAAUAAACAAGAGCUUUGACAAUAGUAGGAGAAAUGUUUAGGUCUCAUAUUCAAUAGUAAAUUUUGGAGAGUGUAUAAACACCUCUUAAUCUACCACAUCCUCUUCUCUAUUUUUAAUGAAAAGGAUGCUUGGAAAUAAACGAUUACUCUCUAAUGACUUGUUGAGCUCUCUAGGAGAUUCAUAGAAGCAAUUUGCAUAAUAGAACCUUCAAAUGAAAAUAAGAUAAAAUAAUCUCAACUCUUCUGUAGUAAUAAAUACUGAUGAUAAUUAAAUUCAAGAUAUAACACCUAAGAACUUAAUAGAAUUCUAAAUACCAAGGCCAAACAUCCUUGAGAAGAAACCUUUUGAAGAGUAGUCAAUCUACUAAAAUAGACUAGCGGCUCAGAAUCAGAUACCAUAUUUAAAUCUGAAUGCAAAUCACAUUCAGACUCAAUCAAGGGUUAUUAAAUCCAAAAGUAAGAAGUCUAGUAGAUACAUGAGAGCAGCUUCAGGCCAGGUAGAGAACUCUGAUUAUAUAAAUAACCAGGAAAAUUAUUAGAAAUAUAUAUUCUCCUAAUAAAUUCAACACAAGAAAGGUGGUGAGCAUCGUCAUUUGGAUUAACAAAGGAAGAUAAAGAGCACCAUGAAUAAGAUAGGUGACAUUUUUAGUGAAAUAAGCUUGAAAAAGAACAUUGAUAAUGAGAAUAAUAUUUGUGCUAUGGUAAGAAAUAUCCCUACCACAGCAAAUGCUUGCAUAUGA